AUGUCGGUUGUGCCCUUGUCCUGGCGCCCCAAGCGCCGGCUAGUGAGCACCCAAGGGGACAUGGCUUUUGAGACCGAGACCGUUGAACUGGAGGCGGAGGUGGAGGCGGCCUGGCUGCUGGUGCCGGCGCUUCUGGCCGGAGUAGCCGCCACUGUGGCGAUGGGCGGGAUCAUGGCCUUUUGCCGGCGGCGAGGCGAAUUCGAGGCCCUGGCGUCCCCAGCGGGAGACAAGCGCAUCACCGUGCAG